AUGGAUAAUACAUACAUUUUCAACCCGAUAAUUGUUCAUCUUUUCUUAUUCUUUUCCGUAGGCAUAUGCAAACAAUUCGUGGUGACCGAUUUUGGCGCCGUCCCGGAUGGAAAAACCGACAGCCGGAAAGCCCUCGAGACCGCGUGGCAGAGAGCAUGUCAGACGCCGGGCGGCUCGGUUUUGGUUCCGAGGGGGAGUUUUUUCGUGAGCAUGGCGGACUUUUACGGGCCGUGCAAAGGCCCGACGCUGUUCGAGCACCGUGGGACCCUCGUGGCCUCGGCAGACCCCACGCUCGGCGAAAGGGACCAUUGGAUCAUAUUUGCCAAGCUGGACGGGUUGACGGUUUUUGGGGAUGGCGUGCUUGAUGGCAACGGGGCCCUCUCCUGGUCACGAUGUGGUGGGUUGGCCCAUUGCAAGCAGCAGCUGCCCCCGGCGACGUUGAAGAUGAACUACGUGACCAACUCCAUGGUCCGCGGGGUGCGCCUGAUCAACAGCAAGAUGUUCCACGUCAUCAUCUGGGCCUCGGAUAGCGUGUGGGUCCGUGGCGUGCGCAUAACUGCCCCUGCCAACAGCCCCAACACGGACGGCAUCCACAUCGGGGACUCCAGCAACACCCAAAUCACCGGGUCCCGCAUCUCCACGGGCGACGACUGCAUCUCCAUCGGUGAGGGCUGCACGAGCGUCAACGUCACUCGAGUCCGUUGCGGGCCGGGCCACGGCAUCAGCAUCGGGAGCCUCGGCAAGUACCCGUCCGAGGGCGGCGUGGGCCAGGUCCACGUGCGCAACUGCACUUUCCUUGGGACAGAAAACGGGCUUCGGAUCAAGACGUGGGCCCCGUCCCUCUCGUCCACGGUGGUCUCGGGUGUUGUGUAUGAGGAAAUCGAGAUGCGUGGAGUGAGGAACCCAAUUCUCAUCGAUCAGUUUUACUGCCCUGGCGGGUCGUGCCAGCCUGGCGGGGAGUCGAGCGUGGAGAUUAGAGGGGUGAGGUUUGAGAACGUGAGGGGUAGCUCGGCAUCGCAGGCCUCGGUCAGCCUCAAGUGCAGCAGGACUCACCCGUGCCGGGACAUUGAGUUUGUUGGGCUGCACUUGACCCACGGGGGACGGCCCACGAUUGCUUUGUGUGCCAAUGCGGAUGAUAGGUUUGGAGGGUCGGGUCAAAUUCCUUCUCGUUGUUCCUGA